AAGUAGCACCUAGUCCGAAUAAGAAACGACCAUUUGAGGAUGAGGAAACAGAAACGCAAAAUGAUGGUUUGAAAAAGAGAAAGGCCAGUUUUUAUGAAUUACAAAUGCACAAUAUUAAUCAAGCACACAAAUUAAUAAUAAAUUAA